AUGGCAAGCAGCGAUGCAGAGGCCCGGUGGCGGGAGCAGUUCGCUGCCAUGAAGUCUGCGCUUGCUGAACUAAACUUACCAGCCGGUGGAAAGCUGCAAGAAGAAUCUGAUUUUGAUCUCGAUGAUGAAUUCACUUCCGGCAACAGCGGCGACGAUGUCUGGGAUUUCAUCCAGGACAGCGAGGAAGACCUUUGGAGCAGCGAUUUCAUCGAGGAUACCAAUGGACAGUUGGAUCAAGGGAAUGCUAACUCAACCUGGUUCACCAACCAGUGCGCUACUGUUGCCUCCAAGAAGAACGGUCUCUCGCCAGAUACUUUUCAAGCCCAGAUCCUGGAAAUCCUAGCUUCGGGCCAGUCGGAGGAGCAGGUGUCAGCCGCGCUCACAGAUUUGGUCGGAUUUGAUGACCUCGACUUCGUCAUUGAGGUCAUAUCCCACAGAAAUGACAUUGUAGCUGGCUUCGCUUCUCAAAGCGGAGCACAGACAGCGGGGAACCGGUUGCUCACAAGAGCCGAAAGAGAGGAGGCCUUGCGUCAAAGAGACUGGGAGCACAAGAACGCAUCUUUGGCCCCUACUAUGCACAAGGAGGUACAGUACCCUCAUGUCUACAGAGCCCACGCUGCUGGUAACACUCUGAGCGCUGCCGGAAAACGAUACGCUCUACCGACGGGGAGCGAAAGAAUUCUACGCGAAAAAUAUGAAGAAAUCAAGGUACCCGCCGGCAAGACCGGCGUCCUUGCGCCUGGAAGAAGGUUAUUGCCUAUUGACGAGAUGGAUGGGCUCUGUCGAAGGACCUUCAAGGGAUACAAGGCGCUAAAUCGAAUGCAAAGUCUCGUAUAUCCGAUCGCAUAUAAGACGAGCGAGAACAUGCUCAUCUGUGCCCCAACCGGUGCUGGUAAAACCGAUGCAGCUAUGUUGACUAUUUUGCAGACAAUUUGUCAUUAUUGCACCCCUAAUCCCAUCGAGGAUCACGAGGCAACAGACUUCGCGGUCGAUCUCAACGACUUUAAAAUUGUUUAUGUUGCACCGAUGAAGGCUUUGGCUGCUGAGAUCACUGAGAAACUCGGGAAGCGCCUGGCUUGGGCAGGCAUCCGCGCUCGAGAAUUUACUGGAGAUAUGCACCUUACCAAGGCUGAGAUCGUUCAGACGCAGAUUAUUGUUACUACCCCUGAGAAAUGGGAUGUGGUUACAAGAAAGGGUACUGGAGAUACUGAACUAGUGCAAAAAGUUCGAUUGUUAAUCAUUGAUGAGGUUCAUAUGCUUCACGACGAGCGAGGCGCCGUUCUCGAGUCGUUGGUCGCUAGAACCGAAAGACAAGUUGAAAGCACCCAGUCCUUGAUUCGAAUUGUUGGUCUCAGUGCUACUCUUCCCAACUUCAUUGAUGUGUCCGACUUUCUGAAAGUCAACCGACAGCAAGGUCUUUUUUACUUUGAUGGCUCAUUCCGACCUGUUCCCCUUGAGCAGCACUUCAUAGGAGUGAAAGGCAAGCCGAAUUCAAAGCAGUCCAGAGAGAAUCUUGAUCAGAUCGCCUUCGAAAAAGUAAGGGAUAUGCUCCAGGAAGACCACCAAGUUAUGGUCUUUGUCCAUUCUCGACGAGACACUCUUUUGACGGCUAAAAUGCUCCACCAAAAAGCUAUUGACGAGUUUUGCGUUGAUCUAUUCGAUCCUACGGGGCAUCCAGCUUACGAACAGGCUAUUAGAGAUAUGAAAUCUUGCAAGGCGAGAGAGUUGAGAGACCUCGUACCCAAAGGGCUCGGCAUUCAUCAUGCUGGUAUGACCAGAUCUGACAGAAAUCUCAUGGAAAGGCUAUUCUCAGAGGGUGUUAUCAAGGUGCUCUGCUGUACCGCUACACUCGCAUGGGGUGUUAACCUGCCUGCUGCUGCAGUCGUCAUAAAGGGCACGCAAGUCUAUAGCGCACAAGAUGGUAAAUUCGUCGACCUUGGUAUCCUCGAUGUGCUCCAGAUCUUUGGUCGUGCAGGCCGUCCGCAAUUUGAGGAUGUCGGUAUUGGCAUGAUCUGCACCACUCAAGACAAACUAUCGCACUACCUCACCGCUGUUACGGAGCAGCAACCUAUCGAGUCGAAAUUCUCAACCAAGUUGGUCGAUAACUUGAAUGCCGAGAUUGCUCUCGGCACAGUAACAUCUAUUGCUGAAGCUGUACAAUGGAUUGGAUACUCUUUUCUUUUCGUCCGAAUGCAGCGAAGCCCUAUGACCUAUGGUAUUGAAUGGGCCGAAAUCCGCGAUGAUCCCACUCUUGUCCAACGGCGGAGACAACUUGCGAUCCAGGCUGCAAGAACCCUUCAGAAGAGCCAGAUGGUUAUCUUCAAUGAAAUUACUGAAGAACUUCGAAGCAAGGAUGUUGGACGUAUUGCGAGUCAAUACUACAUUCAACAGACCAGUAUCGAGAUCUUCAACACAAUGAUGAAUGCUCAAGCCUCGGAGGCAGACAUUCUAAAAAUGAUCAGUAUGAGUGGAGAGUUCGACAACAUCCAGUCAAGGGACAGUGAGGCAGAUGAACUCACCCACCUCAGAAAUGAUGUGAUCCCCUGCGAAGUACCAGGCGGAAUUGACACACCACAGGCAAAGACAAACAUCCUCCUCCAAUCGUUCAUUUCAAGAGCUCAGCCGGAAGAUUUUGCUCUGGGCAACGAUCAAAACUACGUCUCCCAGCAAUCUGGCCGUAUCUGUAGAGCUUUGUUCAUGAUUGCACUCAACCGACGCUGGGGCUACCAGUGUCUUGUACUUCUCACCAUGGCGAAGUCCAUUGAGAGACGUUUGUGGCCAUUUCAACAUCCUCUUCACCAAUUCGACCUUCCAAAGCCGGUACUCAAUCAACUUGAUGCCAAAGACAACCUCACCAUCGAGGCUAUGAAAGAAAUGGACUUCGCAGAGAUUGGAGGGUUGGUGCAUAACCAAAGUGCCGGCAAAAAGAUUGGGCUCAUUCUCAAUAACUUUCCAACCCUCACUGUGGAAGCUGAGAUUGCCCCUCUGAAUCGAGACGUCUUGCGAAUCAAGCUAUAUAUAUCACCCGAAUUCAAGUGGAACGAUCAUACUCACGGCACGACCGAGUCUUUCUAUAUUUGGGUUGAGAACUCCGAGACUUCUGAAAUAUACCAUCAUGAAUAUUUUAUUCUGAGCAGGAGGAAGCUCUAUGACGACCACGAGCUCAACUUCACCAUUCCCCUCUCCGAUCCCUUGCCCAAUCAGAUAUAUGUAAGGGCGGUUUCGGACAAAUGGCUUGGCGCUGAAACCGUUACACCAGUCUCCUUCCAGCAUCUCAUCCGUCCUGACACUGAAAGUGUGUACACAGAACUUCUCAACCUCCAACCAUUACCUGUCAGUGCCUUCAAUAAUCCUGCUCUAGAGGAGCUGUAUGCGAAGCGAUUUCAGUUCUUCAACCCUAUGCAGACGCAAAUCUUUCAUACCCUCUAUCACACUCCAGCGAAUGUGCUUCUCGGUUCUCCCACUGGAAGUGGAAAAACUACCGCUGCUGAACUAGCUAUGUGGUGGGCCUUCAGAGAAAAACCAGGAUCCAAGGUAGUCUAUAUCGCGCCCAUGAAAGCCCUUGUUCGUGAACGAGUCAUCGAUUGGGGAAAUCGACUUGCAAAGCCCCUGGGUUUGAAACUCGUUGAGUUGACGGGUGACAACACGCCUGACACUAGAACUAUCAAGGACGCGGACAUUAUUGUCACUACUCCUGAGAAGUGGGACGGUAUCUCCCGUAGCUGGCAGACGAGAGGUUAUGUUCGUCAGGUCUCAUUGGUCAUUAUCGACGAGAUUCACUUGCUGGCAGGCGAUCGUGGUCCGAUUCUUGAAAUCAUCGUUUCACGUAUGAACUAUAUCGCCGAGUCCACAAAGAGCACAGUCCGUUUGUUGGGCAUGUCUACAGCAUGUGCCAAUGCCUCCGACCUUGGAAACUGGUUGGGUGUCAAAGAAGGGUUAUUCAACUUUAGACACUCCGUUCGGCCGGUGCCUCUUGAGCUGUACAUCGAUGGGUUCCCAUCAGUCAGAGGCUUUUGCCCGUUGAUGCAGUCAAUGAACCGUCCGACAUUCCUUGCCGUCAAAACGCACAGUCCAAGCAAGCCCGUCAUCGUCUUCGUACCCUCACGUCGUCAGACCCGCCUAACUGCUAAAGAUCUGAUCAACAUGUGCGGUUUGGAGGACAACCCUCGUCGAUUCUUGCAUAUGGAAGAAGAAGAUCUACAACUCAAUCUUUCCCGGGUGAAGGACGAAGCGCUGAAAGAGGCUAUCAGCUUUGGUAUCGGGUUGCACCAUGCCGGCCUCGUCGAAACCGACCGUCAACUGUCCGAAGAGCUGUUCUUGAAUAACAAGAUUCAAAUCCUGAUUGCAACCAGCACUUUGGCAUGGGGAGUCAACCUACCGGCCCAUCUUGUCGUGGUGAAGGGCACGCAAUAUUAUGAUGCCAAGAUUGAAGGAUAUAAAGACAUGGACCUUACCGAUGUUCUGCAAAUGUUGGGCCGUGCUGGUCGACCUCAGUUCGACACCUCCGGAGUUGCCAGAAUCUUCACUCAAGAUGCAAAGAAGGAUUUUUACAAACACUUCCUGCAUACCGGUUUCCCUGUAGAGUCCUCGUUGCAUACUGUUCUCGACAACCAUUUGGCUGCUGAAGUGUCAGCGGAAACCAUCAUCUCAAAACAGGAUGCUCUGGACUAUCUGACAUGGACCUUCUUUUUCCGUCGACUCCACAAAAACCCCUCCUACUAUGGUCUGGAGAUCUCGGCUGAAGAGCAUAAUAGUAUUGCAGCCCAGCAGCUUGCCAACGAUUACAUGAUCGAAAUGGUUAAUAAGUCCUUGGAUGAACUUGCAAAGUCAAGCUGUGUUGACGUUUUCCCCAACGGUGACGUUGAUCCGACACCGAUGGGCAAGAUUAUGAGUUACUACUACCUGUCACAUAAGACCAUUCGGUAUCUCGUUAAGCAUGCCAAACCGAAAGCCUCUUUUGAGGAUGCCCUUGAAUGGAUGUCUAACGCAACAGAGUACGACGAGCUUCCAGUACGGCAUAACGAGGAUCUCAUCAACGCAGAACUGUCGCGCAACUUGCCCUUCCCAGGAACCAACUUCGGACUUCCUAUGUGGGAUCCCCAUGUCAAGUCUUUUCUGCUCCUGCAGGCACACAUGGCGCGUAUUGACCUGCCCAUAACUGAUUAUGUCGGAGAUCAGACAAGCGUGCUCGACCAAGCGAUCCGUAUCAUCCAGGCAUCGAUCGACGUACUUACUGAACUCGGCUACCUCUCCAGUUGCCUCGAAAUGAUCAAGCUACUUCAGUGCAUCAAGUCCGCGCGUUGGCCGCAAGACUCUCCUUCGUCCAUCUUACCUGGUGUCAAUUCUGAUAAGGUCGGGGACGCGAUACCUUUGAAACAAAUCAGCACCUUCAAGAAACCCCAGAUAGAUGAGUUGGCACAGAAACUCAAUGUCCCACAGCUCCAAUUAACCCGGUUUUCGCGUGCCGCUUCGGCCCUGCCCAACGUCAGUGUACGGGCCGAGAAUGUCACGGCGCUUUCUCUGACAGUGUCGCUCAAGCGCCAGAACCCAAUCGUGGAGCGAGAGGGGCGCGUCUACGCCCCCAAGUACCCCAAGCCCCAGACUGAGGGUUGGUUCGUAGUCAUCUGCGACGUGGCGAAGGAUGAAAUCAUCGCAGUCAAGCGCGCAGGCUGGAGUCAAGGCCCCGGCAAGUCUGUCUCUACGGGGUCCCGACCAACGUCCAAGGUCAAUCUCAAGCUGCCGGCGCCAGACAAGGAGGGCAAGGGUAGAAAGAUCGAUGUUCUGGUAUUGAGCGAUGCGUAUAUCGGGAUGGAAUACAGAAUCAAGGGCGUCGAGAUCCCGGCGCUGCCAAUGGUGGACGAUGAUGUGGGUAAGUCAAAGGGGGCGGUCGGCGGCCAGGCAGGCGGUGCUAGUGCUGCUUGA